AUGUCACCAAAACUGUCGAAACAGUUAUCACCGGGAGAUGUGAUAACCGAAGACAUGCCACUCAUUCAUGUAUUGGAUGUGGAAUUCAAAGGCAAAUGUUGUGACAAAUGUUUGAAAAGAUCGGAUCAAUUGAAGAGAUGCUCGAAAUGUCUUCGUAUGCAUUACUGCACUAUUGAGUGUCAGAAGAAUGACUGGAAGUAUCACAAGAAUGAGUGCCCACUCUUUGGCCAUCAUGUGAUUCAAGACAUGAUUGACGAUAAAUUUGGUGCCCUUUGGCUCCGACUCUACCUUUCGGUGCAAAACAUCCCAACGUUUGCCACAGAAAAGCAUCGAUUGAUUGACGGAUCGGAAGUCAGUCUCAGAGACAUCUCUGUGGACGUCUCGGCUGCGAGCGAUGAUAUUAGAAGUCAUUGUCAGAUCGUUUGUCUUGUAUUCACUGAAUUAGGCAUUAAUUUUGAUGCGCAAGAAGUGCUCCAUUGGUCACAAUUCUUGGUCACUGUUUCUAAUUUUGGGAUCAAAUUUGGCGAUCAAUUGAGUAUUACUAACACCACUGUUGGAAGCGGUCUAUACGUGACGUAUUCACUGUUCGGCCACAGCUGUCAACCCAAUAGUGCACUCGUUAUGAAAAAAGACCUAUCGUUACAAUUGCGAGCAAUGAGACCGAUAGCCGCCGGCGAAGACAUUACCAUUAGUUAUGUGUCGUUACAACAAAACCGUGCGAACAGACAAAAAGCACUGGAAUUCUGGUCAAUUGACUGCGAGUGCGAUAAAUGUGUUCAAAAAUUGGACUCUCGGGUCGAUUACGAUAAGUAUUUCUCGGGAGAUAUCCUCCCAUUGAGAGUCUUCUCGUUUGGCUCACAAAUAGUGGAUUAUUUGCGACAAGUGUUGACCGAUUUGGAUGUGAUGUACGGCGACUAUAAUCCCCUCAAAACAUAUUUGAUGUUUACUAUAAUUAUGGCUCUAUAUUAUUGUCCACUAAUUCCCGAACCGUUUAUGAAUGAAAUGAAAGCCAAUUUAAUGAAAGCAUUUGACGUGACAUUUGGGGCCAACUCUCCAUUGAAGGCCCGUAUAGUGCAUAGUAUAAGUACCGGUCAAUUAUGCGAACAAUUACCGGUAUAAAUGUUUAUAAUUAAAAAUGUAAUGUAUUUGUCGUUGGUUUUAAUAAUUAUCGGUCAGUUUUGUGUGAACUAUACAUUUAAUUGUUGC